AUGAAGGUCUUGACUUUGGCUACCAUGCUCCUGUGCAGCUCUGCUGCCAUGGCCCACUACACCCUUGACUACCCUCCCUCCCGUGGCUUCAGCGAUGACGAUGAGCCCAUCGCUCCCUGCGGUGGAACUGCCUACAACGCUGCUGGCAACCGCACCCAGUUCCCCCUGACCAACGGAUUCGUCCAGAUCAGCAGCUCCCACCCCACCGCAUCGGUCCAGGUCAACAUCGCCUACGGCAACAACCCCACGGCUGCUGACUUUACCACUGCCUCGUCGACCCCCGUGAACAGCGUCCAGGUCACCCAUCCCUUCCAGUCCUGCCUGCCCCUGAAUCUCACCUCUUUCGCCGGUGCUGCCAAUAACGUCAAUGCUACCAUCCAGCUCAUCUACAACGGUGGUGACAGCCCUCUCUACCAGUGCGCCGAUGUUGUCCUCGUCACUGCUGCUCCUUCGUUCAACCAGUCCAUGUGUAUCGAUAACGCCAAUGGCAGCAGUGGAUCGACUCCUUCGGCUACGUCGCCUGGGGCCAGCGGCGCCAGUGCCUUCUCUGUCAAGGGUGCUGCUGCCACCACCGCUGCUGCUGUCUUUUUCGCAGCAGCCAUGAUCUUCUAA